GCAGGCGGGGUCCCCUCCCCCGCCCCUCUCCCCCCGAGCCGGCCCGGACGGCCCCCGCCCCUCCCGCCCGCCGCCGCGAUGCCCCCCCCUGCGCCCGGGGCCCGGCUCCGGCUCCUCGCGGCCGCCGCCCUGGCCGGCCUGGCCGUCAUCAGCCGAGGGCUGCUGUCACAGAGCCUGGAGUUCAGCUCCCCUGCCGACAACUACACAGUGUGCGAAGGCGACAAUGCGACUCUCAGCUGCUUCAUCGAUGAGCACGUGACCCGCGUGGCCUGGCUGAACCGCUCCAACAUCCUGUACGCGGGCAACGACCGCUGGACCAGCGACCCGCGUGUGCGGCUGCUCAUCAACACUCCCGAGGAGUUCUCCAUCCUCAUCACGCAGGUGGGGUUAGGCGACGAGGGCCUGUACACCUGCUCCUUCCAGACCCGCCACCAGCCCUUCACCACUCAGGUCUACCUCAUCGUCCACGUUCCCGCCCGCAUUGUGAACAUUUCCUCGCCUGUGACGGUGAAUGAGGGGGGCAACGUGAACUUGCUUUGUCUGGCUGUGGGGCGCCCGGACCCCACUGUCACCUGGAGGCAGCUCCGAGAUGGCUUCACCUCGGAGGGUGAGAUCCUGGAGAUUUCUGACAUCCAGCGGGGCCAGGCCGGGGAAUAUGAGUGCGUGACUCACAACGGGGUGAAUUCGGCGCCUGACAGCCGCCGCGUGCUGGUCACCGUGAACUAUCCUCCAACCAUCACGGAUGUGACCAGCGCCCGCACAGCCGUGGGCCGAGCCGCCCUCCUGCGCUGCGAGGCCAUGGCGGUGCCCCCCGCGGAUUUCCAGUGGUACAAGGAUGACAGGCUGCUGAGCGGCGGCACGGCGGAAGGCCUGAAGGUGCAGACCGAGCGCACCCGCUCCAUGCUUCUCUUCGCCAACGUGAGCGCCCGGCACUACGGCAACUACACGUGUCGCGCCGCCAACCGGCUCGGAGCGUCCAGCGCCUCCAUGCGUCUUCUGCGCCCAGGAUCACUGGAAAACUCAGCCCCGCGGCCCCCAGGGGCCCUGACCCUCCUCUCCGCCCUGGGCUGGCUGUGGUGGAGGAUGUAGGAAGCGCCAGUGCAGCCGGCUCCCCGCUCCAUGCAGGGCUGGGGGGCCUGAAGCUGAGAGCGAGAGAAUAAGGGGGAGCAAGUGCCGUGGGUCUCCAGGAGCAGAAGAGCUCUCGGCCACGAGGAAGGAGAGAGGAGGAAGAGGAGAGAGCAAGAUCUUUAGAGAACCCAUCACUGUGAGGGAAAAACGCAAACUUAUGCAUCUUUCUACAGCCAUUCCCGCCACCCUUCACGUUUCCCACUGUGACCCGCCCCUGGCCACCCCACACCCCUCUCUUAGCUCAGGCUGUCAAUCGGAUGGCGUGUGUGAGUGCGAGUGUGAGCCUGCACGGGUGUCUGACCUGCUUGUACGCCUGUGUGGGUGGGAUGGAGAAGGGGGCUCAGUGGUCAUCCCGCCCGCACCCCACAUCCACCACCCCCACCCUGUGCCUCUCUCCUCUGGAUGGGCAUAGGGAUGGGGGCUGUGGGUAGAAACUGUGAAGAGAGGUUUUCUCCAGGCUCCUGGCUUUUCUGAUAUAUGCAGCAACCUCCCUCCCCCUCUCCCCCAUCAAAAGGGCGUCACCUGAGCAGCUGGGGGUGGGGGUUGUGCUCACCUUGGAGCUGCCAUUGAGCCUCUGUGAGCAGGUGGGGGACAUCCAUCUGGCCUACCUGCUCUCGCCCACCAGCUGGGGCGAGCAACCCUCUGUAGCCAGAGGCUCCAUCCCUGG